AUGUCAAUUGAUAUAAAAUUUACAAUUAAUGAUAUUUUAUUUAAUCAAGAAUCAUUACAAAAGAAAAAUAAAUAUACAUGUCCAAUUUGUUUUGAAUUUAUUUAUAAAAAACAAAUUUAUCAAUGUAAAUCAGGUCAUCAUGCAUGUAAAGAAUGUUGGGAGAAAUCAUUAGAAACAAAAAAAGAAUGUAUGACUUGUAAAUCAGUAGUGAAUUCAUAUAAUGAUUUAUCAAGAUGUUUGAUGGUAGAGCGUGCAUUUGAUAAAAAAGAAUGUUGUUGUAUUUACUCAUUCACCGAACAAAUAGUUCAAGGUGGAACAAAUUGUUCACCACCAGAUGGUGCCUCAGACCAAAAUCAAAGAAAAUUAAUAAAAGAUGAAGAAAAUGGUUGUAAAGAAAAAAUUGAAGUUGAUCAAAUUGAUUCUCAUUUAAUCAAUUGUCAAUAUAAAUUUGUUACAUGUUCAUUCAAAGGAUGUGAAAAGAUUUUAAGAAUGAAUUCAUUAGAAUCUCAUCAAAAUGAAUGUGGUUUCAAAUUGGUUAUAUGUGAUUUCUGUAAAAGGGAUGAUAUUAAAAAGAAGGAAUUAGAAACUCAUUAUAAGACAUGUCCAAUGGUUCCAAUUGAUUGCUCACAAGGUUGUUCAGUGAAAAUUGAAAGGAAAUCAAUUAUCGAUCAUAUUGAAAAUGAUUGUUGUAAUACUCAAAUACCAUGUAAAUAUUUUGAACAAGGUUGUAAAGUUGAGAUGAAGAGAUCAGAAUUACAAAAUCAUUUGGAGAGAGUGAAUCAUCAAACUUACAUGGGCAUUCUAAUUGAUAAAUUAACAAAUCAAGUUGGCCACUCAAAGAAAACUCAUGAUGAACUUUUGAAAAAGAUUGAAGAUUUGUCAUUAUUAAUUAUCAAAUUCAGUGAUGCAUGUUUAAAGAAACAAGUUCUUCCAAAGGCUUUGGAUAUUUGUUCAAAUGGGUAUAGAAAUAAAUGGAUCAUUUCUAACUAUUCAAGUUUAGCAAAAUCAAAAUUAAAUUGUAAAUCAUUGUCCUCUCCAAUACUGUUAAUACUCUCUCACCAUUUUCAAGUUUGUGUUUAUCCUAAAGGUGAUGAAAAUAAAGAAUACAUUUCAUUAUAUUUAAGAGUUAAUAAUAUUGAAGAACCAAACUCAUUAAAAGUAGAAUAUUCAUUUACAUUAGUCAAUGUUUUGGAUAAAUCAAAAUCAAUUACAAAAAGAGUAGAUAAAAUAGUUUUUAUAAGUCCAAAAGAAUGGGGAUGGGGAAAAUUCUUAUUAUCUGAUUUAAUUAAUAAAGAGAAUGGUUGGUUAAGUAAUGAUGAUAAAUUAACAAUAGAAAUUUAUAUUAAAAUUUUAAAUGAAGAAUAUGAACCAUUGGAGUCUUAA